AUGUCAGAUCCUCUCGCGCUGAUCUCUAACUCGUGCUUCCACCGCCGUGUCACCUUCGACAUCGCAUGUGGCUCGCUGACAGUCUCUUUUGCCGAGGUUGGCUGCGCCACCGGGCCCGCCCUGCUCUUCCUACCGGGGAUGUUCGCCUCGCGCUAUGUAGGCAUCCCUCUGCACGCGCUUGCCGAGCGCGCAGGCGUGCGUCUGCUCGUCGUCGACCGAGCGGGCAUGGGCGCAUCGACGGAUGUGCCCCUCCACCAGCGAGUCUCCACCUGGGUCGAGUUGGUCCCGCGCCUGUUAGCACAUCUCGGUAUUGCGCGCGUCAAUUUGGUCGCUCACAGUGCGGGCACGGUAUUUUUGCUCAAUACCUGGGCCCAAUGCCGUGAACUUUUGAACCCCGAAGUUUUCUUACUAGCCCCUUGGGUGGAUACCGCCCAUUCCCAUGUCACCGUGAUGCAAAUGGCCCAGUAUAUUCCCACCAAAGCCUUCACAUUCUGGCACCAGAUCCCGCGCUUCUUCGUAACCCAGGGAGCCCCUAUGCUUGCGACAAGCGGAGGGUUGAUUCGCAAGAUCACAUCCCGAAAUAGCGCAGCAGAGGAAACCCGUUCUUCUCUUGAUGCUACUGAGCAGGGCAUCGAGCAUGAUUCUGGUAUUUCCCACGCGGAACAGGCGGAGCUCUUUCGCCUGUCCCUUCGCUUCAUGUACGAUGAGAGUACUGUUGGCGCGAAUAGCGAGGCUUUACAGUGUCUUCGCAAGGGCGACAGUGACUGGGGGGCCUGCUCGGAUUAUGCUCAAUGCGCGCAGACGCUGGCUGCACGCGAACAAUCCAUGGAUGAUCGAAUGCGUGUUCGUGUCUAUUUUGCGGCUACCGAUGCCUUAGUGGGUAGACGGGGACAACACUAUUUUGAAUCCUGUUGGCAGGCACCCGGUGUAGAGGCCAUUGACUUUGUCUCCAGUACGGUCGAUGGGACAGAUCACGAUACUCUGUUGCAGUCGGAGGAUGUAUGGAAGGCGAUCAUGGCCUCGGUUAGUGGGCGUGAAUAA